AUGCGUGCCGCGGCACCUAACGACCGAUAUCUUACUGGACACGCUCCGUCGCCAAACCGGCCGCCUCCUUCCGCUUUCUCAGGCGUGUCUCCACAGCGUCGAGACGUGCCACUGCUUAGCGGUGCCUAUUUUCACGCAAGAUCACAGCGACACCAACAGAUUCCACCUGUAAGCAGAAUCGAGUAUGAAAGAAGAUUUGGCUGUCGGCUUCGCCGGAAGGCUCGCAGCGAACGUCAGCCAUCGUUGAACGCUGCGGUUUUGUCUAAUCUUGGUCUGGAGGAAACCAUGAAUGUGUGCCGCGGCUGCCAGAACGCGCCCUAACCGUGGCGGAGUGAGCAGCGGGAUGGAGAAGGAGAGCGACGUGGAGCGCGGCGCCGACAAGUCCGCGGCGGCGCCGGGGUCCGGCCCCG